AUGGACGACUCCAUGGGAAGUAUGGAUACAGCAAAGAUGGAGACAUUUUGGGGAAAGACCCUGUCAUCUAAAAACAAAGUAUUCGAAUUCGAGGAGGAGGAGGAAGAAGGACUGGAAACUACCAUACAACUACGCGGGGCAUGUCUUGGUUAUGCUGACAAUAUGAAUCCUAAGGAGCGGAACAUCAUUGCUGUGACAGUUGAAAAUGAAGAUGACGAAGAAGAGAGAUUUGUCAUAGCUUCCUUAAGACUUGACGGAGUGGAGCAAGUUUCGUUAAGCUUAUCGAUACAACCUCCAGCUAAAUUUGAACUUAUAAAAGGAUCUGGUCCAGUACAUCUCACAGGUGCAAUGACUACAGAAAUGUCUAUGUCCGAUUAUGAAGAUGAUAGUGACGAUGAAGAAGAGCAAGAAGCAUCAAAAGAAAGUCUUCCUCCUGUUCUAGUUCCCGCUAAGUCUUCAAAACCAUCUGCUCUUAAACGACCAGCAGACGAUGAGCCUUCAAAGAAGGCACCCAAAGCUCCAAAAGCAGAAGAUGAAGAGGAUCAGAAUGAUGAUUCAUUAAUGGACAGUAAAGACAGUAAAGAUAAUGCUGUUGAUGGUGACAGUGGUGAUAGU